AGUCACUAUCAGAGGAAGUAAUGGAGGCGACGUUCGUCGUGGUCGGAGGCGGAAUUGCUGGAGUCACCUGCGCGGAAACGCUGGCCUUCUACGAACCCGACGAAAGUAUAAUACUAUUAAGUCAAUCUUCUUUAAUCAAGUCAGUCACUAAUUUGCUAGCUAUCACGCAGACAUUAACGCGUUUCGAUAUUGAGGAGAAACACAUGAACACUUUAAGUGAUAAGCAUCCUAAUGUAACGGUCAUACAAGAUAGUUUAAUUGAGAUUUUGGAUGAAUGUAACGUGGUGAAAACGAUGGGCAAUAAGAGGAUCAAGUAUAAAUAUCUGUGCUUGUGCUUGGGGGCUAGGCCGAAAUUGAUCGCCGAUAAUAAUCCUUAUGUAAUCGGGAUCAGAGACACGGAUUCUGUGGAGCAGUUCUUGGCGAAAUUGGGGAAGUCCAAGAGGGUUGUCAUCGUCGGAAACGGUGGGAUCGCAUCGGAAUUGGUUUAUAAGAUGGAGAAGAUCCACGUGGAUUGGGUCAUAAAGGAUGACCAUAUUUCCGCAACGUUCAUAGAUCCUGGAGCCGCGGAAUUUCUAAGAACUCGACUACAAAAGACGUCGGAUUUUGGACCUUCCAAGAGAAUGCGGUACGAAUGCGAUGGUAACGUGAAGAGGGCUGGUGCUGCGUUGGGUCCUGAUUGGUACAAGCAUUUGGAGAUCCAAGGAGGCAUAGAAGACUGUUUCUCGGAACAAGUCCAUAUUCACUACCAGACGGAAAUCGUUGAGGUUUCCGUGAACGAAGCGAACGAAUUCGCUGUAGAGGUGACCUUGAAUAACGGUGGUAAAAUACAGUGCGAUUUCAUAGUUUCAGCUACAGGAGUCGAACCUAUGUCCGAUUUUAAGAUAACCACCGCUUUGGAAUUGUCCGAGGAUAAAGGUAUUAAAGUCGACGAGUUCAUGCAGAGUUCUGUGAAGAACAUCUACGUGGCCGGUGAUUUGUGCACGGCCGAUUGGGAACACGCGAAGCAAUGGUUUCCUAUGAAGCUGUGGACGCAGGCCAGACAGAUGGGAUGCUACGCCGCGAAAUCCAUGUCUUCCGCCAAUAAAGACGAGGUGGUUCUUCAAGAUUUCUGCUUCGAGCUCUUCACUCACACCACCAAGCUGUUCGGGUAUAAAGUGGUGCUUCUUGGGUUGUACAACGGGCAGAAGCUUGGUAAGAACUACGAGAUCAUCUUUAGGAUGACGAAAGGAGUGGAGUACAUCAAGUUGGUCCUGUUGGAUGGUCGUCUUCACGGCGCCGUACUCAUAGGUGAGACCGACUUGGAAGAGAUGUGCGAGAACUUGAUCCUCAAUCAGAUAGAUUUGUCUAGUUUUAAAGAAGAUUUACUUAAUCCUGAUGUAGAUAUAGAGGAUUAUUUUGAUUAAAAACGUAUAAAUUUAAAA